AUGGCGCCACAAAUGAAAGGCCUCAUCCAGUUCAUCACGGAGAUCCGGAACUCGAAGGAGGAGGACGCGGAGAAAAGGAUCAUCCAGCGGGAAAUCGUCCAUAUACAGAAGCAAUUCCAGCAGUUGAACCUCUCCGGCUACCACAAGAAAAAAUACAUAUGCAAACUUCUCUACGUGUACUUGAUGGGCUACCGGCUGACGUUCGGGUUCGACCAGGCGGUCGAGUUGACGCGUUCCGACGCGUUCAGCGAAAAGGCAAUCGGCUACUUGGCGAUAAACUUCUACAUUGGCCAGGUGUCGGAGUCGCAGUGGGACCUCGUCGAGCGGUCGAUCGACGCAGACCUCGCGUCGCCCCGCGUCGACGCCAUGUGUCUGGCCUUGCAGGCACUCUGUGACCUGUGCUGCCGGCGGCCGGAGAUCGCCGAGCGGUACGAGCACCGCGUCUACAGUGCGAUGUGCUCGCCAGAGUUCGGCAUCGCGGUCAAAAAGAAGGCUGUGCUCGUGAUGAACCGGCUGGUGCAAGUAGACGGUGAAAUUGUGGCGAGGCACCCGGAGAUUGUGACGCAUGCGAUCCCGCUGGUAACGUCGGAGGACCCGGGCAUGUGCUUGGCAACGGUUCCGCUCCUCGAGACAAUCACGAAGCUCGAUCACGAGGCCACGCAGUCGUGCACGACGCUAAUAAUCGACAAGUUGCACCAGAUAGUCGUCCAGAGGGUUUGUCCACGUGACUGCUACUUCCACGAAGUUCCGUGCCCCUGGACCGUUGUGAAGAUGUUGCAUUUGCUUGAGAUUCUGAUCCCGGACACGAGUUCGGCGGCAAAAAUCGAGCCGGCAGACCGUGAAAGGCUUCAAGAGGUGCUUAAGAUUGCCACAACCUCGUCUCUGCGGACUUCCGGCGGCCCCGGGUCCUCGUCCGAGUGCCGGAAGGUGUCAGGUGCAAUUCUGUUUGGAGCAUUAUCGCUCGGUGCGCACAUCACACCUCACACCUCGCCGUCAAGCUCGAUUCUGGACACGGAUACGUUGUGCACGCUUCUGCGGUCCACGGAUGUGAACACCAGGUACCUCGCGGUGGGUGCACUGAUGCAGAUUGCGGCAAGGGGCGACAGCGAGAGCGUGGGUGCGAUCUCGCGGCAUUUCGACCUGAUUUUCACACUUCUGCGAGACAGAGACGUGUCCAUCCGAAGGAGGGCCUUGGAUUUGGUUUACAUGGCUGCAAACAGCACGAACAUUGAGCACGUGUGCACGCAGCUGCUCGAGUACUUGGCGAUUGCGGAAUUUUCCAUCAAGUCCGAGGUAGCCGUGAAAGUGGCACUCUUGGCCGAAAAAUACGCAACCGACGCUUCCUGGUUUGUCGUGACCAUCCUUCGGCUUCUUGCCCUUGCCGGCAACUUCGUCGACGAGGACGUUUGGCACCGCAUGGCCCAGAUAGUCGUCAAUAACCGUUCCAUUCAGCCGACCGCGUGCCGGGCCGUUGUCCGUUGCCUGAAAGCCGACAAGUACCCGCAGCCGAUGCUCAAGCUUGCUGCCUUUGUGCUCAGCGAGUUCGGCGACCAGAUCCAGGCCAAAACCCCGAUCCCGGAGCAGUUCCAGCUUCUCUCUGCAAGGUACUCGCAGUCCUCGGUGGCCACGCGGGCAGUUCUCCUCUCUGCCUUUUUCAAGAUGUACUUCAAGUGCGAAAAAGUGCGGCCUGCCGUUGCCAGGAUCCUCCAGCGCGAGACCAACGUGUUCAACUCCGAGAUCCAGCAGAGGGCCCUCGAGUAUUCGGCAUUGAUCCGGCUCGACCACACUUAUUACCUCGACCACAUUGUGGUUGCCAUGCCCCCCUUUGCAGCCAAAGUCUCGCCCCUGCUCCGCAGACUCGGCACUGUCAGCACCCUCCAGCAAAGCUUCAAGGUGCCUGUGCCAAAGGAAGCCGAAAUUCAGCAUUUGAACACACCAAAUGAAGCCCAAAAUGCAGACAAAUCCUUAAAAAACUCGUUGCACCAGCUCCCAAACGGCAGCAGCCGCUCCUUGCUCCUCACUUCCGAGGCCAAGCUCAUUUCCACAUCGCUCACGGGCUCAUCCUCGUCCUCAUCACACUCAAGAACGCCCAUGAAGACACCCCCGGUGCCCCCAACGUCGAGAAGGCCGACGAAAUCCCGAAUAGAGCCCGCAGAUUCUCGUGAAACGAAUAUUUCCGCCACCUCCAGACACAAGCACCCCGUCUUGUCACCAAACUGGAGAGACGGGUACUACAGGCUGUGCCGGUUCGACCAGGGCAUCUUCUUCGAGAAUGCACUGAUCAGAAUCGUCUACCGGCUGAAAAGAACAAAGUACGCUUUGCAUUUGAGCAUCACCUACUCCAACAAGUCGCCGUCGGCCAUCUCCGGCCUCCUGUGCAAGUUCUCUGUUCCGGAAACGGUCAAGGAUGCCGGCCUUUACACACUGUCGGUGAUCCAAAAUCCACAAAGCACAAUUUCCCAAGGUGCGAAGACCACGCAGUUUGUCGACAUAUUGGUUCGAAUGCCGUACACAGACUCCGACUUGCCUACUCUGGGCAUCAACUUCAUGAGCGGCGGGUUGAUCAGCUUGAAGUUGAAGCUGCCUGUUCCCUUAUUCAAGACUUUGUGUCCCGGUGCUCCCCUCUCCAGUGACAUUUUCCAAAUGAGAUGGUCUCAGAUAGGCCAGGUGCUGAAGGAUGACGGUUCUGCCGACAAAACGGUCCACUUGCAGCAUCCGACGGAUGUCCAGGCGAUCCGCCGGCUCACCCGCUUACUGGGACUCAACAAUUUGGCCCAGGUGGCUUCUACUCCUUUCACAAUUGCAAGUGCAGGGAUUCUAAAUAUGCACACGGCAAAUUCCGGCUGCCUAAUGCGGAUAGAUUUGGACGCUGAAACCAAUACGCUUUUGCACGUGACCAUUCGGUGCACGAAGCCGGGGAUUGCCGCAAUAUUAUUGGCCAGUUUUUGCGACUUGUUUUCGAACGAGCUCUGA